GCGGGCUCUGGCCGUGGCAGCCCGCGAGCCGGGGUGUUGGCACCUGAGCUCGGGGCGCGCGUCCGGCCCUCGGCUUCCCCGGAACGUGGCGGAUCCUCGCCCGGCCCUGGUCCCGGAGCUCCGCGGCCUCGCCUCCGGGGCAUGGAGGGCUCAGGCUCGGCCAUUCGCAGGCGGGUAUCUGCCCGCAAGAGGAGCCGCCGCUCCGGGAGGGAGACCGCCACCGUUGGCGCGCUGCAGCCGGGCGGGGAGGAGGAGGAAGAGGGGACGGAGGGGAGGAGGCGCCGGAGGAGCGGGACCCCGGAGCCCCCCGAGUGUGAUGGCAGCGAAGAGGAUAUGUUUGGUGGUUAUGAUAGUUUUGCUGAAAACUCUUUUUUAGCUCAAGUAGAUGAUUUAGAACAAAAAUAUAUGCAGUCUCCUGAGCAUGGAAUAAUUACCACACAACCUGCUUUUGAAAAACUUUGUUCAAAAAACACAGAGACCAAUGAAUUUGAUAUUAUUACCACUGACAGUAACUUGACUGAGGUUAAAACUCGGGAUUACUGCUAUUCCCCAAAGACUUUGAGUUUGCAAGAAAAUGUAACCACCAAACCUGGAGAUGACCUUUUGUAUGAUGUACCAUGCUCACAGGCCUUAUAUUUUGAAAAAACAAAGGACUCUUCCAGUAAUUUGAAUAACCCAGCUGCUAAAGAAAGUUAUCCCCUAUCCUCACACCAGACUUUGAAUGAUAUACCUCCAGAAUGUCCCCGGGAAAAGAAAAAGUCAUCUCCUAAGAGCACAGAUCCUGAUCUGAGUAGGAAAAGAAGCCUUAAAGAUCAUUUGAAAAGUGCCAUGACAGGAAAUGCCAAAGUCCAGACACCUAAAUGUUCUAAGAGGGAGCAGCUGAAAGAAGCCAUCCUGUCUGAAGAGAUUCAUGUGGCUAAGAAAGCAUUUGAAUCUUUUUCUGACGACCUAGGUCCUUUUUAUUCAUUACCCAGUAAAGUUAGAGACUUGUUUGUGCAAUACAAGGGGAUUAAAAAAUUAUAUGAUUGGCAACAUACUUGUUUGACAUUGACCUGUCUACAACAGAGGAAGAAUUUAAUAUAUUCACUGCCAACCAGUGGUGGAAAAACUCUUGUAGCUGAGAUUUUAAUGCUUCAAGAAUUGCUUUGUAGGCAGAAGAAUGUUUUGAUGAUUCUACCGUAUGUAGCUAUUGUCCAAGAAAAGAUUUCAAGCUUGUCAAGUUUUGGAAUAGAGCUGGGUUUUCUUGUUGAAGAAUAUGCUGGAAGUAAAGGGAGAUUUCCUCCGAUUAAAAGAAGAGGAAAAAAAUCUGUGUAUAUUGCUACUAUCGAAAAAGGACAUGGUCUGGUCAACUCAUUAAUUGAAGAUGGAAGAAUUAACGAAUUGGGUCUAGUUGUCAUAGAUGAGUUGCAUAUGAUUGGUGAAGGAAGCCGAGGAGCUAUCCUGGAAAUUACCCUAGCAAAAAUCCUUUAUGCCAGCAAAACAACUCAAAUCAUUGGCAUGAGUGCAACUUUAAAUAAUGUUGAAGAACUACAAGAAUUCCUGAAAGCAGAAUAUUACACUAGUAAAUUUAGACCGGUAGAGUUAAAAGAAUAUCUGAAAAUAAACGAUACGAUCUACGAAGUUGAUGUCAGAUCAGAGAAAGGCUAUACAUUUUCUCGUCUCCUGAAAUGCAAGUAUUCUGAUAAUCUCAAAAAGAUGGAUCCUGAUCAUUUAGUUGCUUUGGUGACUGAAGUUAUUCCUAAUUAUUCAUGCUUGGUUUUUUGCCCUACUAAGAAAAACUGUGAAAAUGUAGCAGAUAUGAUAUGCAAGUUUUUGAACAAGGACUAUCUAAAACACAGGGGAAAAGAAAAAUCCGAUGUCCUUAAAAACCUGAAGAAUGUCAGUAAUGGCAGCCUGUGUCCUGUUCUGAAGCGCACCAUUCCCUUUGGAGUUGCUUAUCACCACAGUGGCCUCACUAACGAUGAAAGGAAGGUCUUAGAAGAAGCCUAUGCCACCGGAGUCCUCUGCCUUCUGACAUGUACUUCGACUUUAGCUGCUGGAGUGAACCUGCCAGCACGAAGAGUUAUUUUGAGAGCACCCUAUAUUGCAACACAAUUUUUAAAGAGGAAUCAGUAUCAACAGAUGAUUGGCAGAGCUGGUCGAGCUGGAAUAGAUACUUUUGGUGAAAGUAGCCUUAUAUUACAAGAAAAAGACAAGCACCUGGUACUGAACUAGUAAACAGCCCUCUGGAGAACUGUUGUAGCCAUCUUGGGCAAGAAAUCACAAAAGGGAUCCCAAGUUUGCUUCCGUCAAUUGAAUUGGGCUAAAGCUAGCAAAAAAACCUUGAAGAAAUAUAUCACUUUAUGUGUGGAACAUUUUUUGGCAUUCAGCAAAAGACUUUAUCUGAAGAAAAAAGCCUUUGGGAAACAUCUAGGAAAGCCCUGGAAAGCCUCAUAGAAAAAGGGCUCCUACAAAGAAAAAUUGCUUGUGAGAAUGAUGAGUCCCAGUGUGAUUUACAAAUCACCAAGUUAGGGCAGGCCUCUUU